AGAUUGUAUUGGUUAUGUAGAGAUGGUAUUGGAUAUUUUCGCUCGUCCUUGCAAAAGUUGAUAUACCCGGUUUUGCGAUGAUUUUUUCUUUUUCGGGGAUUUCGACAUUGCAGACGUUGAUAACCCAAUCAGGUUUCUUGAGAAAAAAGAAUGAAUUGAUUUUACUUGGAUGCGUUCAAUUUUCUGUUUCUUCAGAGUAGCUCGAGGCUAGGGGCAUGCGAAAUGGAACUGGCGGAUAGAGCGGUGGGGUUUCUGUUAACACUUGUUAGCUUAUCCAUCUUCACUUACUACACCUUUUGGGUCAUCAUACUGCCUUUUGUGGAUAGUGAUCACUUCAUCCACCAGUACUUUCUACCUCAGGAAUACGCAAUACUCAUACCCAUUUUCGCGGGCGUGGCACUCUUAUGCUUCUUAUGUGUAUUCAUUGGGUUUGUGAAGCUCAAAUCGAAAAAGAAGAAAGCGUAAUGACCAAUUUUUGUUGUUCCCUUUCUGUUUGGCCUCACACUACCACAUUCUGGACAUAGAUUCUGUAGUUAGUUAUCUUUUUUCAGAUGGAUGUAAUGAAGAACAUGUGGGCUGAUACUCCUUGUGAUGGAUCUUUAAUUGGAAAAGGAUCUUUUGCAGAGUAAUUGGAUUCCUAUAUUUUCAAA